AUGUGUGUGUUGGGGGUGUUGGCGCUGCUAAUGCCCGCGACUUUUCAAAGAGGGCAGUCCGCUGUUCUUAAAGAGGACGUUCCAUACUGUAUCUGCUGCCGGUUGUCUGUUUAAUUUUCCUUACAAAGAUUACGGAAUGAUGACAUUCACACAGACUGCCAUAAAACGCACACAGGCUUACUAACAUGUCAUUCUGAAUGGACGAGUUUGCCGGAGGUUUUUUCAAAGCAUGGCCAAGUCACUUUUUCAGCGUUAGUCGGACCCGUUGUAGUUGUUGUUGCUAAGACAAGCUAACAUGGCUAGUUAGCUAGCGUCAGUGAUUUGUCAUGUAAAUGCCAAAUAUUAGAAACGCCAACGUCGCUCAAGUCAAGAAAACUGCGUCCCAUUUUCAUUGACAGCCUACACCUGGAGUCUGUGCAACAUGUCUAUUGACUUUGACAGCGCUGCUCUUCAAACCCAACAUGAAGAGGAAGAGUACGACCAAGAGGACUAUGCCAGAGAACAAGAGCUGCACAAACUACUUACAGACCUGCCGGAUGACAUGCUGGAGGAUAGCAGAGACUCCACCCCAGAGUUGGAGUACUCUACCUGCAGUAAUAAAAUCACUGUUAACAGUCCACAGUCAACGUGGGCUCAGCAGUGGUCAAAUCAUCCAAAGACGGCCUCCAACGAACAGCACUAUGAAGCCAACUACGAUCAAGGGUCUCAUGAUGAGUUUACUUAUGAGGAUCAUGCCGAUCAGAUCAGUGGACAGCAGCGGCAUCUUCAACCUCACACCUGGGUCCAGCAGCCAGAGGAUCACCAGUACACCCAGGGGCAGGACUACACCUACACCAGCAUGGGCACAGAAAAAUCCACUGAGACUAAUGAAUUCUCCACAGAGUUUGAGUGUAAACCAUACUCUCAAAGCACCAACAACCAUGUGGAAUAUAAUGGGGAAGGAGGAUACAGAGACAUACAAAGCCACGAGGACAACAACGCCAGGAAUCAGUUUCAACCUGGAGCUGGAGUUGUAAAUCAGUACAAGGCCAACUAUAAUCCUCAUCAGCCAAAGAUGUUUCACUCACAGGCCACACAUCAAGGUGAUCAGUUUGACCAUCUACAAAGAGAAUUCCUCGACUCAACACAACAAACUGCUGACAGGGAGCAGCUUGCACAACUGCAGGUUUUGAACAAAGCUCAGCAGAGGCAAAUUGAAGACUUGGAGCGAAAACUGGAAGAUUCAAGGCGCAAUAUGAGAUACAUCGAUCAUCAGUUUGCAAUUGUCAAAGAUGAAAAGGAUGGCCUUGCAGUAAGUCUAAAGGAAUCAAGCAAAUUGGUUGAGGAGGCCAAGGAGAACGAGGUUCAUAUGCAAAACAAAGUGAAGGCAAUGGAGCAGCAAAUACAGAUUCUGACUGAGAGAGACCAUGAGAACGUGAAGAAGCAGAGGGUGGCUGAGGCGGCAGUGGACAGUAUGAAGCAGCAGAUGUUGGAGCUUUGUCGUUCUGACACCCUGUCCAAAACGAGAGAGCAGCACGACAGGGACCUCAUUGUCAUCAGAGAACAGCACGAGGUUGUACUGUUGGCUCUGCAGCAGAAGCUGGACUCUGCCUGUCAGGCCCUGAGUGAACAGACCGAUGUCAGUCAGGGGUUACGAGAGCAGGUGAAGAAGUUGGAGAGCCAGAGAGAAGAGGAGCAACUGGAGAGAGCCAGAAUUAUCAACACUCUCACUCAGAGCCUGGAGGUGAAUCAACAACAGUGUGCCAAACUACUGCAGACAGGUUCAGUGCAGGAGAUGAGUCAGAUGCAAAUUAAACUACAACAGGCUCAAUCGGCCAAGGCACUGAGUGAAAACAUGAACAAAGCCUUGCAGGAGGAUCUAGCAGAUUUAAAGGAUCAGAUUUCUCUGUAUGAGUCUGCUGUGAAACAUGGUGUCAUUGCAUUAGACCUAAAUAAUGACUGGGAGAACCAUCUGUCUGAAUCGUGUGUGGAUUUAGGAUUAAAGAAAAGGAAAAAUGGCACACUUCACAGCACGGCCUUGACUCACCUGUCAGACUCCAAGCUGCCCAAGGACGAGGCUUUACGGCUGCUGCGAGUGGAGAUGCAGCGCUGCCUGGGAAGUCUGAAGGGGAAGCGGCAGAAGAUCAGUCAGCUGCAGGAGGAUCUCCAGCACUGUCGGAGCCAAGUGAACGAACUGCACACUCAGUUAGAUGAAGCCAAGCUCAGCUCUUCGGUCAGGGAGAAAAGCCAGAUGAAACAUUUAGACAUGACUGGAGAGUCUCAGAAGGAUUUGAUGAGAUUACAGGAAGACAAGCGACACUUGCAGGAACAAGUGGAGGCACUGGAGAAAAAUAAUAAAGAGCUCAAACAGAGUGAGGAGAAGGUGAGGUCUGCCAACUCAGAGCUGUGCACUAAGAUGAGGGAGAUGAUCCAGGAGCUGGACCAAGAAAAGCAGGAGGCUGCUGAGAGAGCUGAGCGGAUUCAUCAGCAGUAUAGGGAUGAUGUGGUGAACCGGGUCAAAACGGAGCUCAUGCUGGAAUAUGACGCUCAGCUUGAACAGCUAACUGAGCAGCACCAGCAGCAGGUCCAACAGUUACAGACCCAGCUGUCUGAGGCCAAUGAUAAACUGUUGGCUGUACAAGAAUGCUAUAUAUCCGUGUGCAAAGAAAAGGACAUGCUCGAAGAAAGAACGCAGAACAAGGACGAGGAGGAAGCUUUGAUCAGAGAAAAUGAGCAAAAAAUGAGAGAGGAGAAUGAUAGAGCUGUGGAGAAGCUGAGGGUGGAGCUCGAGGCUCAGCAUCGGGCGUCACUAAACCAGCUAAAAGCUCUGUGGUCCAAACAGAAGGAGGUAGAGAUCCAGCAGCAGGUGAACUCUCAUGUGGCUUCAACCAAGGCUGCCUGUAAGGAAGAUCUGCAACAGAUGGAGAGAACUUGGACCCAGAGGCUUGAGGAGGCUCGGAGAGAGAAACACAGAGAGACUGCUGAGGGAUCCUGUCAGACAGAUGAGGUUGAAGGCAGAGGUGUGACGAUUACUGUUGGGGAGCUGAACUCCAGGCUCCAUGCCCAGAAACAACAGUUGCAACUGGAAGCUGAUAAAGUGAAAUGCAAAGCUGUGGAAGAAGCCAAGAAACAAACCCAGCGAGAUCUUCAAGAAAAACAUCUGGAGGACAUGGCCAAGCAGGUCGAAGGUGCAGUGACCAGAGCGUACAAUCACUGGAUUGAGGAUUUGGGUUCAUUACCAGAAUACCAAGCAUCUCUCCAAAGAGAGAAGGAGAAAUGGGAAGAACAGGAAAAAUGCACUGAGCAACAGGUAACCCAGGCCCUGAGGGAGGCAGAAGAGCAAUGGCUUAAAAAGCACAAUAACCAGCUGGAGGAGCAGAGUUGUGGAGCGGAGAGGAUGGAGGAGCUACAAGAGGAAGUGGCAACUCUCCAGAGCCAGCUGGAGCAAGUGAGGAGAAAGCAAGCCGCCCUGCAGAAGGCUGAGCUAGCUGGAGCUCGAGCAGCAUGGAACAGAGACAAACAGCAGGAGAUCUCAGUCAUUCAGGCUCGCAGUGAGCAGGCGCACAAAACCAAACUGCAAGAGCAGCAAAAGAAGCUGGAACAGGCUUUGGAGCAAGCCAGAGAUGAUGCCGAACUCCAGAAUAAAGAGCUGCUCCUGCAGAUGGAGGCCAAGCUUCAGGAGACUCUGAGGGCCCGAGAGGAGGAGUGGAGGUGUCGGCAGGCAGAGAAGAGGCAGCAGAUAAGGAGUGACCUAAUGACAGAGCUUCAGUCUGCGCUGGCAGAAAUCCAAGCACAACUUCUCAAAGAUUCCAGAACUGAUCAGCAGGGAAGUGACAACACCAGGACGAGCAGCGAGGAUCCAUCAGAGAGUGUAACAUUAACACACAUGAUCCAAACAUCCUGCAUAGACAUCGUCAGCAGAGCCGUAGCUCAGGCCAAGAAGGAGUGGAAGAGAAUAAGUGAGGAGAGACUGGGCCGUGUGCUGAAAGAAACUCAAGAACAUCAUGAGAGAGAAAUGGACAAAAUCCAAAACUCUUUGUCUCAGAGGAAGGAACUGGCUCGUUGCAAAAAGGAGUGCACGGAGACUUCAAGUAAACUGCAGAAGAAGAAUCAGGAGCUGCAGAGACACUUGGAGAAGGCCUGCCGUCAACUGCAGCACAGUGUUCGAGAACACAAAACUGCCAUGCAGCAACUUAAAGAUGAGAAUGAAUGCAGCCUACAGAAGGCAAAGCAGGAAUAUCAGCAGCAGCUAGAGGAAGUGAAGAGGGUCAAAGAAGCGAGGAGUUCUGAUCAUCAGCAAAAUAUUCAGCAAGGCCUCGAAGAGAUGAAGCAGCAAUACUUAUCGACUGUAGAGAAAAUCAGAGCGGACAUGCUGCGUUACCUUCAGGAGAGUCGGGAGCGAGCAGCAGAGAUGAUCCGCAUGGAGGUACAGAGGGAGAGACAGGACACUGCCAGAAAGAUGCGGCGUUAUUAUUUGACCUGUCUGCAGGAGUUACUGGAGGAUGGUGGAAAUACCACAGGAGCUGAAAAGAAAAUAAUGAAUGCUGCGAGCAAACUGGCAGCUAUGGCUAAAGUGCUGGAGACGCCCACCAAAAGUAAAUCUGGAAAGAACUACAGUUUGCCAAAUUGUUCAACUGCUAUAUCAACCACUGGCUGCGCGCCAGGGAGAAUCGCGGGCUCCAAUAAGAACCAGCUUGUCCUGCCUGAGCUGCCUGAGCUGCCUGAGCUGCCAGGCAUCAGAGCAGCUGAGCGAUCCCACAGAGAAAAGACCUCUGUGGAUACAGAGCAGAAAGCAUCCGCUGCACCAGCCUGGACUAAACCUGUGAGCCACCAGGACACUCGUGUAUGUGGGAAGGAUGAGACCUUAGAAGCAGCCAUGAAACCUCAAACUUCUGCAAACUCUGUGAGGAGUAAGACCAGGAAACAGUACCUGCAGGAAACAGACUCCAGCACAGCGGACCACCACCAGGACUCGGAGCAACAGAGCAAACCUGCUCUCAUUCAGGAGGCUUCCAUUAGAGACAUGAGACGGGUCGACUGGAGCAUGACCAGCAGCGACUCGGACACAAGCUUCCACAUUCCCAAACUCUCCUACUCGGGGAGGAAAGUGGAACCAGUGAGGCCGUUCUCUGUUUCCGCUACCUCAGCCGGCGACUUGCGAGAGUUUGGUGGCCUCUCUCCAGAUGCAUCUGACCUGACGGUUUAUAACGACAUUGUCAAGAGGACACCUCAAACACAGACCUUAAACUUUGCCAGUGUGAAGACGAGUACACAGAGAGGACCCAUCCUUGGCUCGGAGUCUGUGAAGCAGCAAGACGUUUGUUCUGGGCCUGUGUUCUCUGAGCUGAGACAGCGGCAGCAGGACAGCGGCUUUGACAGUCCUUUAUACCAACAAAAAUAAUGGGCAAGUAUGAGGUAUAAUAGGAAGAUGAGCUUAAACCUUAUUUCUGUUGCCAAAGAGUGCCUUUAAUAGUUGCUUACAGUAUAUUUUGUGUGUGUGUGUGUGUGUGUGUGUGUGUUAGGAUUAAUGUUUGACUUACUGUGAAAUGCCUUCAUUCACUUUGUUGUGCAGGUUGGAUGUGAAGGUUAAAACCACUUCUGCAUGACAUUUGUUCCACAUAUUGUAAACCUGUUCCUGUCAAAAAGGAAAUUAAAUUAAGUUUAGAUGGUGUUCUUUUAGGGACAUUUAAUUUAGAUUUGCAUGAAUAUUCAAAUAGGUUCUUAUAAGCUAAUGUCCAUGAGUGUCGAAGGAGAGGUGACUCUCCUUCGAUAUUUUACUAUUUACAUACACGAUAUUAAAGAAAAUGCCUUUGUGUCCAAAGCCACAGUCCUGCCCCCACUGAAACCUUAAAUAUGAAACACUGGCAGCUUACUACCACUGUAAAAUCAAAGUUAGUCCACUCCGAGGGAUUUUUCCUCCUCGUCAUCACUUUCUCAGCGACGCAGCUUCAAGUAUGUUUACAUUUUCAUAUUUAAAUAGUUUUUAUACUACUUUUAUUAAAGACAUAUGCUGUGCAUAGCUUUUAAAUGUUUUAUAUGUUUGUGCAUUUAUAUGUUAAUUGUUUUGUGUUCUUUGAAUAAAUCUCAAAGUUUUAUUGCAAAUUAGGAAGGAAUCAUUUGUUUGUGAUG